UCUUAUCAGACGAUACUUAGUCACUUCCCCCCUAUAUAUAAACUACCCGUUACCGAGCUCUUAAGACCAGUUACAGCCCCGCUCCUGUGCCGGGUUACUAAUCUAAUAAACAGUGACUGGUUAUAUACUGGAAAUGGUACGGUCCAGGAGGACCCGUAACCGAGUGAUGAAGACGGGUGCAGAUGGACAGGGCGUGAUUGACAGGCGGGACAGGAGCGACCGCAUGGUGGCUACCGUCAGUGACAGUAGUCAGGAAGAGACAGUGAGGGAACGAGCCCCGGUGACCCCAGGAGAGGGUCGGGUCACCCCUGGACACAACCCACAAGGACGGACGACCAGGGUGGAGAAGAUACAGCAGGUGGCAGGUGGUGCAGGGGACGUCAACACAUCGCAGGUGGUGGCAGGUGGUGCUGGGGACGUCAACACAUCGCAGGUGGUGACCUUCCUGGUGGUCAUCCACCUGGUCAUUGUCGUCCCUCUGGCACUUCACUACAUCCCGUCUGGACGCAACGGCAUCUUCUAUUAUUACUACAACAGGACGGAGGGCGAGAGCUACGCCCUGUGGCCGCAGGAGGCGGAGAUGGGACGGCUGCCCAUCACGGCCGCCACCCACGCUAUCUUUAUCAUCCACGGCUUCAGCGAGUCCUCCCACAGACCCUGGAUAAAGAGACUCACCCACGCACUGCUGGCAGCGAGAGUGGAGGAGGAGCGAGUGGUGGUGGUGGUAGACUACUGGGACUUCCACAGCCUAAUCUACCCCCGCGUGAGGAAGAACGCCAGCAAGGUGGCGUCGCUAGUCGCUCAACUCAUCGACACUCUUGUCAUUCACAACAACCUACAGCUCGCAAAAACACACCUGAUUGGUUUCAGCCUUGGAGGCCGGAUUUCUGGGAUGGUGGGAGACAGGAUCACCACUGGCAAAGUGGCCAGGAUUACAGGUAUAGAUGCAUCAUAUCCUUGGACACCACCUAAGACCAAGGACCAGUUUUUAGAUGCUGGCGAUGCAUCUCUCGUGGUCAACAUUCGAACGUCCCCUGUAGGAUCGCACGCUCCUCCAAGCCACAUUGAUUUUUACGCUAAUGGAGGACUCUCUCAGCCAGGAUGCGAUGACUGGUAUUUCCCUUACUUAGUCCAGCAAGUCUGUAAUCAUUACCGCUCGGUUGCCCUUAUGAUAGAGGCCGUGAAGCACGCAGAUGACAGGGUGUUCCCUGCUUGUGGCUGUCCUGAUUGGGAGAGCUUUAAAAACCACACCUGUGACUGUCAGACUGUUAAUAAUUUUGGCUUGUAUCCAAAUACCAGUGCCCUGGGUAAAUUCUACUUUACUACAAAUUCAAAGCCUCCAUAUUCAAGACCACUUUAAAUAAGUCAUUUUUUGUAUGUAUGUAUAUACUAAAUAUAUUUAAUUUUAAGCAUCAACUGUGUUAUUAAAAUAAUUUAGUAAACACAAAGUCUGUCAAAGAAGAAUUUCAACUCUAGGAGCAGGAAACACAUGCAACAAGAUCAUUUAAAUAUUUCGAUAAUUAUUCGAUACCAAGUUUUCUGGUAAGAAUAUUAUUGAAAUGUAAUAUGUAUAGCCAGAUGAGAAUUCUACAUUUAGUGUUACACAAUGUUAGUUCUUUGUAGUGUAUGUUAAACAAUGGCGCUGGUAGGAUGUUGUGAACUGACACACUUUCAGAUCUCUCUUCCGUCUUCACCCUUGUCGGCAGGGGAGCCGGUCGGCCAAGCGGAUAGCACGUUGGACUUGUGAUCCUGUGGUCCCGGGUUCGAUCCCAGGCGCCGGCGAGAAACAAUGGGCAGAGUUUCUUUCACCCUAUGCCCCUGUUACCUAGCAGUAAAAUAGGUACCUGGGUGUUAGUCAGCUGUCACGGGCUGCUUCCUGGGGUUGGAGGCCUGGUCGAGGACCGGGCCGCGGGGACACUAAAGCCCCGAAAUCAUCUCAAGAUAACUUUGUCGAUGUUGAAAACUGGUGGGUCGCCUCAUGGUAUUUAGGCAUUCGCACUAUUUCCUAUGUUGAUCUUUCUCCCUCAACCUUUUCCCUCUAUUGGCUGCCUUCAAAACAGCGACCGUUUCCUCAUUCUCUUGUCUCUUUUAUUUUUCUUCUUUCCAUUCUCUUCUCCAGUUCUAUUUUGACAAACCUUAUUUGAGCCUCUUUAUUGCCCCCUCUUCUACUCAUUGUACAUCUGGGGCCAGAUUCGCGACAGCACUUACGAACCUGUACAUCUUUCCUCAAUCUUUGGCGGCUUUGUUUUCAAUUAUUAAACAGUUAAUGAGCUCCGAAGCACCAGGAGGCUGUUUAUAACAAUA